UUCCAACUCCCAACAACAUAUAUACAUAGCAUUUUACAAUUUACACAUACGCACACUCUCUCUCACACAUACACACACACACAACACUACCAAAGGAGCUGAGAGAGAGACAAUGAAGCACAACUUCCGUUGUGGUGUUCCUUUGAUGAUCUUCAUUCUCUUUCUUAUUGCCAUCUCACCUACACACACAUCUGCCCGUUUCAUCAAGCACACCAAACAAGGUGAAAAGAUGGUGGAACUUGAUGAAUCUAUCAACAACAAUGAAGAAUCUUCUGUUGAUUUAGAGGCCAUCAACUCAUUCAAUGAGAUGAUGGGCAUGGAGGAGUGUGGAAAUGGAGAUGAAGAGUGUUUAAACAGGAGACUUCUCGCAGAAGCUCACUUGGACUAUAUUUACACUCAGCAGCAUAAACAUUAAUGAAAUAAGUUUGAUCUCUUAUUGAUUAAAUUUAUGGCCUUUUCUUUCUUUCUCAAUGUAGCAUACAUAUAUGUUCUAAAGUACUCGUAGUAGUGACUUGCAUCUACUCCAAAUGAAAAAAAAAAAAAAAAAUCCUAAUUAGCUACUAGAUACACUACCAAACCAACGAUUUCUGGGUGUACGUGUACUUCUAACUCUAUGAAUAGUAAUAGAAAUAAUAAUUGUGUGUAGUACUUGAAAAUA